AAAUGAUUAAAAAUGGAAGACGGAAAGAACGGAGUUAAAGUAAGUGAGAGUCCCAUGGUUUCAGUUACAUUCUCUCCAUCUCUGGCUUAUUAGGUUUUCCCCUGUUAGGUCAUUGAAACAGCCAUGGAAGAAAGCUCAAAGCGAAGAAAAACAGAAAACGAAAAUGAAGACAAAAUCGACCGAUUAAGCCCUCUACCAGACACACUAUUAUGUCAUAUACUAUCCUUCCUCCCCACAAAAACCUUCGUCUCUACAAUGACCCUCGUCUCACGCAGAUACCGUCAUCUCUGGAAGCAUCUUCAAUCAUUCAACUUCUACUACGACUAUAAUCCCAUCCUCGGCGCUAACUCCGAAAACUUCAAACGCUUCGCCGUUUUCGUUAACGCUGUGCUCACUCAACGGCAUUCCAUCGACGUUCGUAAGAUGCGUCUCUCUUGUGGCUACUUCAAGUCUCAACCUGAAGACCCACAUGCUUACUUGUAUGACUCGUGGGUCCGAUCCGGUGCCCGGUUUACUGAAAUGUCUGUUGAUGCUUGGAUUCGUAUUGCCGCUGGUCCGCUGCUUGAGGAAAUGAAUCUUGCUCUUUUUACAUCUGAGGAUCAUGGCUUCCGCCUUCCUCUCGCCGUUCUCUCAUGUCCUAAGCUACUCUCCUUAAGUCUCUGCGGUGAAAUUGUUGUGGAAUUAGCACAAUCUUCGGCAAUUUCUUUGCCUUCAUUAAAGACGCUGAAACUAGACAUUGGUAAUGUGGAUGUGAAUUCUGUGGAUAUCCUUCUCUCAAGCUGCCCAAUCUUAGAAACCCUGGAACUUGCCUUUUCUCCUAUAUCUCUGGCCAAGCUUCGUGUUCCAUCUACCUUGAAGAGUUUGAAACUCACUGUUGAAAAUGACAUUGGAGCUUGCCUUGAGAUUGAUGCACCCGAUCUCAAAUACCUUAGCCUCACCAGAAUUACAUUUGCCAAUGAUGCUGCGGUUGGGAACUUGCACAACGUGAAAGAAGCAUAUCUUGAUGUAUUUUCCACUCCUGAAAAUGAAAAUGAAUCGGUUGACCCUUUACUCAUUCUCCUCCAAGCUCUCACUGGAAUUAAACGUCUAGUAUUGCGAUGUUAUACAGCAAAGACACUGGUAGAUGGUCAACCUAUUAUAAAUUUUUCGAAUAUACAUUUUCCGGAAUUUCACCAUUUACUACAUCUAGAGCUCAUUCUUCCCACUUUCGACACUUUUCUGUACGGUGUACUUCAGAAAUGUCCUAUGCUUCAAGCUCUUAUAAUUCAAAACGACAAGGAUACAUCACCAAAUGAAAGUGACUUGGAGGUGAAGCCUAGUACUGUCCCUAACUGUCUCGUGUCUCACUUGUCCUAUAUGCACAUUAAAGGGUAUCAAGGAGAUUCUAGUGAGAUGGAAUUCGCUAGCUAUGUUUUGCAAAAUGGACUUGUUUUAAAGAAAAUGAUUAUUUCUGGUGUUUUGUUGGACCAAAAGAAGAAGUGGGAGAAGUACCGUUGUCUUAGCAAAUUUUCUAAUAUGCCGAGGGGAUCUGCUGUCUGCCAAGUUACAUUUGACUGAGCUAUAUCUACUCAAGGCUAAAGCCGUUUGCAGAUUUGGCAUUUGCAAAUUAUCGUUAUUGCUUAUCGACUUCCUAGCUCGUUACUUAAUGGAAUUUGAAACUUGAAACUUUUUGGGAUUUAUGUUUUGGCACUGUGCUUAUGCAUUUUGCAUUUUAUUUCAUUCUAGUCUCUUGCAACUACUUGCUUAAGUUUAUGUCGUUUUGUGUAGAACAAAACUAAGUCAAUGGAAAUUGUUUAAUGGCUUUCCAAACACUACAACUCAGUUUUGGUAUUUGAUCACAUUAAUUGCUUAAGAUUGUGGAUGCUUAGUGAAAUUAUUUUGCUAUUUUGAGGCGCAAACAAUAUAUUUUGAUCGCAUGAA